UUGACCAAUGGCGAAGAAGAAGCCAGCCGCAGCCGUACCUUUUACUCCGAAGCCCGUAUUGUUUUCGGCGCAGUUUCCCGUCGUUUCGGCUAAGAAGUAUCUAGAGAGCCGCGUGCUUCUAGAUGACCAGAUCAUUCUCAUAGACGUACGUCCGCUUGUACCUAUAUGAUGUGUGGUGCUAGACAUUACAUAUUGCAGGACCUCUUCUCUCCUGAAGAAUGCAAAAACUUUGUGCGAUUCAUGGAGAGUCUACCUCUCGAGCUGACGCCACCAAAGAAGAAGGGCGAAGCGGAGCGCGUCAACUGUACGUCGCUACGGCUUAC